UCGUCUCCGUCUCUGCCCCCAUCCCCCCCGUUCAGUUCAGCCUCGGUUCGCUCCGCUCGAGUUGUUCCUCGCUCCCUUCCUCCGCAGCCCUCGUCUCGAAUUCGCUUGCGUCGGGAGGGAGGAAUCGAGGGGCGCGAGGAUGAGCGUGAUCGACAUCCUGACGCGGGUGGACGCGAUCUGCCAGAAGUACGACAGGUACGACGUUGACCGGCUCAACGGCGCCAACGUCGCCGGCGACGACCCCUUCGCCCGCCUCUAUGCCUCCGUCGACGCAGACAUCAACCAAUGCGUCGAGAAAGCGGAGACGGCGAAGCAGGAGAAGAACCGGGCCGCGGUGGUGGCGCUCAACGCCGAGAUCCGGCGCACCAAGGCCAAGCUCCUCGAGGAGGACCUGCCCAAGCUACAGCGCCUCGCGCUGAAGAAGGUGAAAGGACUCACAAAAGAAGAAAUUGCGACCCGAAGUGAUCUGGUUGCUGCCUUACCUGAUAGAAUACACUCAAUACCAGAUGGCAGUUCUACUGCGACAAAGAAAAAUGGAACUUGGGGAGCCUCAGGAUCCCGCACUGGAGGAGCCAUUAAGUUCGACUCCACUGCUGAUGGGGACUUUGACAAUGAGUACUUUAAGGGGACAGAAGAAUCAAAUCAGUUUCGUCAGGAAUAUGAGAUGCGCAAAAUGAGACAGGAUGAAGGUUUGGAUGUUAUUGGUGAAGGACUGGAAACUCUGAAAAACAUGGCAUCUGAUAUGAAUGAGGAAAUGGAUAGACAAGUUCCCCUGAUGGACGAAAUGGAUGACAAGGUGGAUAGAGCCAAUGCAGAUUUGAAGAAUACCAACGUGAGACUAAAGGAGACUGUUCUUCAGCUGAGAUCCAGUCGCAACUUCUGCAUCGAUAUCGUCCUUCUCUGUGUCAUACUUGGUAUUGCAGCCUACCUCUACAAUGUGCUAAAAAAGUGAGGCGGAAUCCUGUCUUGGAAUCACCCAUGUCAUGGUCCCUUGUUACAACGGUUCUACGUAUCAGUUCUUGGAGUGACGAGUUACAAUGUGUGCACGAGCAGUUUGUGUUGUCUUGUCUAUGUAUAAUUAUGGUGUCCAACUUGAACCUUGACUAGGCUUUGUUGAAGAAGUGAACACUGCGUGUGUUAACACUGGAAACACGUUGUCUGUUGUAUAUUUGGGAGUACAUUUCUUAGUACGAGUACACCAUCAUUCUUUGCGAACUAUGUAAACGUGGUCAUGUAUAUUCCGUCUGGUCUUCCAUCGAUCUCCAUGUUUAUGUUGAAA